GCGUUUGAUAAAACCAUUGCAAAGGACAACUCCCUGGCCGUUGGCUUCUUUCAGAGAGGGUUUGUCCACCUGCAGCUGGAAAUGUACGAAGAAGCUCUCUCUGACUAUCAUAUGGCCUUCAGUCACCUAAGAAAAAAUCCCUUCAUCGAUUACAAGCAGCUGGGGCUGAGGCACAUCCUCUAUGCAUGGGAGGUGCUGUACAGCACGGCAGCGGCGCAGUGCCGGCUGCAGCGGUGGCAGGAGGCCAGAGUCACCCUGGAUGAGGCCGUUGUGUGGAGACCUGAGGGAAGGACAGCAGUCCUGGAGCUGGCCCUUGAGCGAGUGCAGAACUGCCUGUUUUUAGAGCCUAUGCACGUUCCUCUUGGAGAAUUUUUCAGACCACGAAAGAAGGAAGUUGAACAGCUGGAUUCAAAGGAUUUCCUGGGCAAACCCAAGGUGAUCUCGUCCAUCAUUCCCAAUGAUGAGUACAUCGGCUUCGAGCCUCUCAGGCCUCAGAAACAGGGCUUUUAUGAACCCAGUGCUGAUGCUCUGCGAGACAGUGAGUCAGGCUACUAUCGAGUUUUGUCCCAUUAUUACCCUGAGGACUCGGAGCAGUUGGCAGUGAAAGUGGGCAGUCUGGUCUUUGUGCUGGCGAGAGGAGCGGAUGGUUGGGCUACAGCCAUACACGAUGGACAGAAGCUGCGCGUUCCGAGCUCUCUCCUGGAGCCUGCCUCAAAGAUGGAUAAAUGGAAGAUCAGCAAUGGGAUUCCCCUCCCUCCUGCCCAGGUGCCUCCCAGCCGACUCCAUGUGAAGCAGAAGCCAGGAUCUUCUGGGGAAGAAAACGCCUCUGCAAAUGAUGCUGAUGCCCAAAUGGACUUCAAGAUCCCACCGACCCGAGGAGAAGCUUCGGACAGACCCGUUGUGCUGAGAGCACGUUGCGAGUGCACCGUGGUGGUGAGGGCAGGCAAGGUGCCAGCUCUGCCCGAGCUGCGGGCACUGCUGCGGGAGCGCUUUGGCUGGCUGGCAGAGCGAGGGGAGCUGAGCUGCAGGCAUUCGGAUGGCAGAGAACUGGGUGCAGUUGCAGGAGAGGAGGAUCUAGGGAAGAUGUGGCAGCAGCUGACCGAUGGCCGGCUGACGCUCUGCUGCCAGGACUGGGACUCCCACUCGGGCAGAGCCGUGCUCUACCGGAUGCUGGCUCAGCACUCCUACCUGGCGCAGGGACCGGGGGACCUGGAGUUCAGCAAGGGAGACGUGCUGGAUAUUCUCUCUGAAGGUAGCUCUCCAGUCCUGCCUGCAGUGAACGAGGACUGGCUCGAAGGACGCUGCAAUGGCAAGACUGGCAUCUUCCCCAAGUGCUUUGCAACCCAGACCAGUUGUGGUGCUGCCUUCCUGUAG